AUCAGAAAAUACGACAAAAAGUGGUCGAAGUGAUGACAAGCACCUGUAACAGACUGUUGCAAUGACGUCAUUACCCAAGCAAUGUGUGAUUGGAUGGUUGCUGCUGUCAACAGUGUUAGUUGCUGUGUGUGCGAUUGAUUGCUGGUACUGUGGUUCCGGAGACAUGGGCGGCGGCGUCGACUAUAAUUUAAACGAUGACAGAUGUUUCAACAGCCCUGAAGAUAUCGAGAGUCUGACGUGUCUUUACGGAUUUGACAGCUGUUCGGUGUCUGUGCGUUAUGAUUAUUUAGGACGUCUGGAGGGUAUACGUCGUGGAUGUGCUAAUGCCGAUACAUGUACUGGAUACCCUCCCUGUGAAGAAGAAAAUCCCAUCAAUACCUACUGUAUGGAGUGCUGCGAAUACGACUUGUGCAAUAUGGAUACACCAGCUUAUGACGUAGCCGUUAUUCAUUCAGUGCCCACUGUAACCAUAGCGAUGUCUAUUGUAAUGUUGGUAUAUUUUACAACAUAGAAUAGUUCUCAAUGUUUCAUCCAUGAGCGGGUUGGC